GCAGAGGGGAUCCGGUUCUCCUGCUCUCUCUCCUCCACAGUUUGAACCCUCAGCUGGUGGUCGUCACGUCGUCCAAACCCAAAGCAUUCACAGCUCACUGCUGCAGAACCUGAAGGUUCUCGUCCUCCAUACGCUCCUUCGUCUCUUCUCUUUUAUUUGGAUCUCUGGAUUCAAACCAUCGUCUCAGCAGGCCAACCAGCAAGCAUGACAGAUAAGCCGGGCAUGCCACCAGGAGGCGGGGAUGAUGCAGGCGGCAUCAUGGCCCUGCUGGAGCGCGUGGCAGGCCUCAUGGACAGCGUCCAGGCCACCCAGCAGCGCAUGGAGGAGCGUCAGCUGGAGCUGGAGAGCACGGUCAAGACCAUCCAGGCCGACGUCGUCAAGCUCACCAACGACCACGCCAACACCAGCUCCACCGUGGAGCGGCUGCUGGAGAAGACCCGCAAGGUCAGCCGCCACAUCAAGGACGUCAGGGUCCGAGUGGAGAACCAGAACGUGCGGGUGAAGAAGGUGGAGGCCACGCAGGGCGACCUGCUCGCCAAGAACAAGUUCAGGGUGGUCAUUUACCAGGGCGAACAGGAAGUUAAAGCUGUUGCAGCAGGAAAUGAGCCAGCAGAGUCCAGCGGUGGAGCCACAGCCAGACCCGAGGUGGAACCGGACAAGUUCGACUUCCCUCCAGAGUCGGAUGAGGAGUACGUGGUGGUGGAGGAGGCAGACUCCUCAUCAGCCGGCCGGAUGAAGAAGACCGGGCUGACCCGCAUUGAGAGCUUCAAAGCCACCUUCUCCAAGGAGAACAUGACCAAGACCCGCGAGAACCUGGGCACCAAGGUCAACAAGUUUGGAGAGAGAAUUGUGACGGCCGAGAGGCGCGAGAAGAUCCGUCAAUCUGGAGAGAAGCUGAAGGAGACCUUCACCAAAACCGUCCCGGCAAAGCUGAACCUGAAGAAGGAGAGGACUGUGGCGGAGGGUCAGGAAGGAGCCGAGGGAGCUGCAGAGGCCGUUCCUGUCCCGCCUCCCAAAGGCCGUAAAGGCAGCCCGCAUGCUGCGGCGGCGGCGGAUGAUGCGGCGGAGUCCGAGGUGCCGAUGUACGACAUGAAACAGCUGUCGUAAAUCAUGAAAUCUGGACCUGAGAGACCACAGAAAGAGGAAGAGGUUUUAGGGUAUCCGCUAACGAGCAGAUCUGCGUUAACGAAGAUAAACAUUUGGAGAACUUCAAUGAAGGAGGUGAAGAAAGAGCAGGACGGCCACUGAUCCAAACUGUCUGAACGUCAAGACAGAUUCUCGAAGACACCAAGAUUUUUCACGCACUUUGUCUCGUUCAGGACAUUUGACAAAAUCUACAACAAAAAAAUUCAGUUUUUGGUUUGACGAUGGUCAGAACUGUCCCAGAACUUCACGAGCUUCAUGCUGUUCACUCGUUUGCAUGUUGAUGAGGUUGAAACAUUUGAAGAUAAAGAAGGAACAGGUCAAUGGUACGUUUGGUUCUGUAAAGUGUUAAAAGGAAGGUGUGGUUGGAUAAACUGGACUCUUUGUUUGGAACUACCAGUCAGGACAGACGGAUCAGCUCCUGUAGAGAUCUUUGGUUCUGACGUAUGAUAUGUGAAAAACUAAAUGUUCAGACCUGCAGGAAAAACAACAAGAGUUCGUUCAGACCAGAAGAACGAUUACAGUCCUGGACCAGGUCUCAAAUUCAGUCCAUUGAUAAAUCUAGACCUUUGAUGGAAACCUGGAAGUUGAAGCUCGAAGGGAACCGGCGUUCCCACAUGCUGGUCCUGACCCAGUUCGGUCCUGUCCACGCUAACAAACAGGAUGUUAUUUAAAAUAUUAAUACACUUUGUGUUUGUUAUGAAAUCACUUUCUGGUUCCAUCGACUAAGAGCAAGUUUAUGAUUACUAAAAUGUAAAACAUCUACUCUGAGAAGUAAGAAGCGUCCACGUAAUGUUUUAACUUGAAUCAAAAUACUUAUUUAUGGGUAAAAGUUAAGGAGUCGUGUAUUUUUUGACUCAGCUUUUUAUUUAUUUUUAUUUUAUUAACCUUUAUUAAACUGGGGAAAACC